UCUAAACAGCGAGCGGAUCUCAUCAGAUUCCCUCCCGGCAGAUCAUAUGUGUGUGGAGCUGCAGACUGAAGCAUCAGGAGAGUUUGAGAGUAUCGGGUUUUCUGCGUUCGCUGUCUGUCUGGAUAAUGGCACAUAGGAUGUGGAAUGGACUGUGACCGCAGACUCCUCCAGCAGUAGAGACGCACACUGCCGAGGGUCGAUUUCGGGAAAGUCGUCUAUCUCCAAGACAUUUUUCUGGCUGGAUUGUCUUUUCCUGCGCAUACGCCUGCACAUACGCCAGACUGUGACAGUCUAAGGAGACUCCACAACCAUAUUUGUUUAUUUGGCUUCCCUUCUCUCUCUGCCAUCCAUCUGCAUACGUUCCUCCCCAUCACAUCCAUCAUCCGCUCCCGUGACACCAUGUGGAGAUUUCAGACUUUGCUUUCUAUGCUCACUGUGUUCCAAGCCUCCAGCCACAGCCCUAAUCCAUUCAGCGGGCCUCAAGUGACUCCAACAGACCCCUGUUAUGAAGAGACGGGUACUGCCCGCCGGUGCAUCCCAGAGUUCAUAAACGCAGCAUUUGGGCAGGAGGUCAGUGUGUCGAGUGUUUGUGGCCGACCAGUUUCUAGAUCAUGUAGUUUAGUAGAGCGUGACGACCGUCCCGCCGUUCGCACAUGCCAAAUCUGUGAUGCGUCCGAUCCCCGCAAUGCCCAUCCCGCCAGCUACCUCACUGACCUCAACUCUGCCCAUAAUCUCACCUGCUGGCAGUCGGAGAACCUGCAGAGCUCGCCGCUCAACGUAACGCUCACAUUAUCCCUCGGGAAGAAGUUUGAGAUCACUUAUGUGAGCCUUCAGUUUUGCUCGCCGCGUCCUGAAUCGUUGGCCAUAUAUAAAAGCAUGGACUACGGGCGCACUUGGACUCCUUACCAGUUCUACUCGUCUCAGUGCCGUCGCAUGUAUAACCGACCCAACAAAGCGGCGAUCACUAAACAGAACGAGCAGGAGGCUUUAUGCACGGACGGACACACUGAUCUCUACCCACUGUCUGGAGGUCUCAUUGCGUUUAGUACGCUGGAUGGGCGUCCAUCAGGAAAGGACUUCGACUCGAGUCCUGUGCUGCAGGAUUGGGUGACGGUCACUGAUAUUCGGGUGGUCUUCAGUCGCCCGCAGCACACUAGGGCGCUGCCCAUGUCAGGACGUGAAAGUGAAGAUGCUCUCGGUGCACCUGGAAGCUUGCCGACGUAUUAUUACGCAGUUGGUGACUUCCAAGUAGGCGGGAGGUGUAAAUGCAAUGGCCACGCCUCCAGGUGUGUGCGGGAGAAGGACGGGAAGCUGCUGUGUGAAUGCAAACACAACACUGAGGGUCCGGAGUGUGAUCGAUGUAAGCCGUUUCAUUAUGACCGACCCUGGCAGCGGGCGACGGCGAAAGAGGCCAACGAGUGCUUACCAUGUAACUGUAACCUUCACGCACGACGCUGUCGCUUUAACAUGGAGUUGUACAAGCUGUCAGGCCGAAAGAGUGGAGGAGUGUGUAUGAACUGCAGACACAACACUGCUGGACGCCACUGCCAUUACUGCAAAGAGGGAUUCUAUAGGGACAUGGGCAAAGCCAUCACACACCGACGGGCAUGCAAAGCAUGUGACUGCCAUCCGGUGGGAGCUGCAGGUAAGACGUGUAACCAGACGACGGGUCAGUGCCCGUGUAAAGACGGAGUGACCGGCAUCACCUGUAACCGCUGUGCUAAAGGCUAUCAGCAGAGUCGAUCGCCCGUCGCUCCGUGCAUCAAAAUCCCGGUUAUAAAGCCGACGGCUGUGAUCAGCACUACAGAGGAGCCUGCAGAUUGUGACUCUUACUGUAAACCACUGAAGGGAAAUCUCAAGAUAAACAUGAAGAAAUACUGCAAAAAGGACUAUGCGGUUCAGGUCAGUGUUUUAGACAUGGAGACCGUCGGUGACUGGGCCAAAUUUUCGGUGAGCCUGAUGUCUGUGUACAAGAGUCGCGGAGACCCGCUGAAAAGAGGCGAUCACAUGCUCUGGGUUCACAUGAAGGAUCUGGCCUGUAAAUGUCCGCGGAUACACAUGGGCAAACGCUUCCUCAUCCUGGGUAGCACCGAGGGCACGGCAAACCCUGAGCGCCCGGGACUGCAGGCCGACAAAAACAGCCUGGUCAUCCAGUGGAGGGACAUUUGGACUCGACGACUGCGCAAGUUCCAGCGCAAAGAGAAGAAAGGCAAGUGCAGCAAAGCAUGAUGGGAUUGAUGGGAACUCAACUUUAUUAUUGACCACUGUCCUGCAAGUGCAGGAGACUUGAAACUAUUGUCGUCUGUGCGUUUUCUUGGUGUGUAUCGUCCUGUUGGUCAGCCUUCUAAAGGGACCGUAAAAAAGACUGUUUCCAAUCACACACCACUGAAUCUCACACACACACACACACACACACACGGACUGAUUCCAUUUCCUCUCCAAGCCACAAUUUAAUCAAUCAAAUAUGAGAGUUGAAAUCAGCAGAAUGAGUGUGUGCGCAUCUGGUUUGCUUCUUCUGGUCACACUGGUGUUCACCACAUGCUGCUCUCGCUUCAGUCCUGAAAACCUCAAAUCUUCUUCAUCGUCCGCCUGGAUCCUUUCACUUUUCAAGACCUUGUUAAGCUGUGGGUUUGUGUCGUACGUGCGGAUUUCUGCUUUGAUACUGAAGGAUCUUUUUUUUUGUUUUAAUUUAGCUCAAAAUAAAGCAAACGUCCCUGAUCUGUCCCAUAGAGAGAAACAUAACCGGCUCCAGUAUGCAGUGGGUUUCUUUGUGCAUAUUUAACAUGUUUUCUUGAGUUAUUGCGGCAGGAUCUGUCGGUGGAGGGAAAGUUCGCCCAAAUAUGAAUGCUUUCUCAUCAUUUACUCGCAGUCAUGUCGUUCCAAACCCAUGGUGUGUUAUUCUAUUCUGUGGAACGCGAGCGGAAAAUUUCCCUCUUUUCCAUAUAACAACAGGCUGCGAAAUGAGCACUGUUAGAGUAAUCCAGCUGAUGUCUGAAUUAACUGAGAGAAGACGAUUUGUUAAGGUUAUUAAGUGUCAUCUGGAGAUUGUAGGGCAUGAGUUGUAUGGACUGCUUGUGUGGUGUUUCAUGUAUUUGGUACUUGACAGAUGUCCUUAAAAUAUGUUAUAUCAAGAAAAGGGUUGAAAUGAUCAGGGGUGCGUUUCCCAAACAACAACAACAUAGAUCGUGGCUGAACUAUCAUAGUACGAUGCAUCGUUUGGGUAAAGGACGAUGUAGUGACGAGUGUUUCCCAAAACUGUAGUUUCUCUGUUUUUUUGUGUGGAACUUAUUGUUUUAAACACACACAUGCAUUUUUAAAAAAGAAUCUAAUUUUAGUUUUGGUAAAAACAUGCACUCAUUUUCUAUAUUAAUUGAAAUAUACGUAAACAGGCACAUAUAGGGCCGAUGUUUCCUUUACAAAUAUAACUGAGAAUUUUCCAUAUUCUACUCUAAAACAUAAAACCACUUACACAAAGCUAUCACCUACUCUAAUCUCAUAUAUAAAUCAUCAUCAUCACGUUUAAUUUACAGUAGGCUAUUUAUAAAAAAACUAUAUUCUAAUUAAUAAUAAUAAUAAUAAUAAAUAAUAACAUAUACAGGGUUGGGCAAAAAUACUUGAAAUUUAUUUUAAAGUAAAAUACCAAAUACCUUAAUUUUAGGUGUAUCAAAUUAAACUACAAAAUACAACAAUCACAACGUGCAUCAAAAUAAAAUCAAAUUACACACAACGAAAUUUCUUUGCAAAUCUUCCAUCAAUUAGACCUAUUCGACCAAUCCUUUCCCCAUUAAACUGAUUUAGUGCUGUAAAUGUUUGAUAGCAAAUGUGGCCAGUUACUCAACCUGUGUUAGGAGUUUUAGAUUAUUAAAUACUUGCGUUUCAUGUGUUGUGACAUCUUAAGGCUCACAUCUUUGCUCUUCAUUAACAAUACAGUGGACCUACUGAUCAACUACUGGCAUUUGAAACAGCUAAUGAAGUAUUGUAGGAAUCUCCACUGUAGGACUUAUUUUUAUGUUUGUUUUAUGUUUAACGACAAACAUUUGGCAUCAGUAAUCCAUCCAAAAUAAAAAUAAAAUUGUACAGUGUACUCUUUCUCCUAAGUUUUUUAAAUUCUUCUUCAACUGGAAGAGUCAAUAACAUCCAAAUUCACAAUCAUAAGGUGGAUUUAUAUGAUGUCUGGAUGUAGAUUUCUUACAAAGUAUUUUACAGUAUUUUAAAAAUACAAGACACUAAGUAUUUUGAUACAAAGUAUUAAGCCAUGUCCAUCAGCCCUGUCAAAUAUAAAUUACAAAAUAUUAGUUUGUAUUAAAAUUUUUUGUAUUUGAAAUGUAUUUGAAAUACAUGCAUCAUAAA